GUGCAUCACGAUACUUCCAAUACGUGCAUCGCGACGACGCUAUCUGCUGUCGCACAUCCGUAUUCCAUAGCGAGACUAUAUCAACGACCACGCGAUGCCUGCGGGAGACCUACCACCAGGCACGCCUCUCGCGCCGAGUGUCGAGAAGGCCUACUACCGCAAAUGUAUUCAGCUCAAGCGCCGCCUGAACGAGAUCGAAUCUGCGAACGAUGACUUGAAGAUGCGUCGACUGCGUCUCGAUCGAUCGAUUAUGAAGAUGCGGCUGGAGCGAGCAUUUCUGCUGGACGAGUUACGGAAGCGAACAGACCACAACAUUGACGGUAGUGACGGCAGCGGUGAUGAUGGCAUGGCGACACCUCCACCGGACAGACCAUACCGCGACAAGAGACGUCGUCAACAAUCUAGCUCACACGGACAGGCAGGGCCUUCGCAGAGUACCUUUCAGCACGUCCAGUAUGCACCACCUAGUACGAACGGCCCUUCCGAGUCACGCGCAUCCUCGUCAAUGCCGAUGGUGUACGGACCAAGCGGGCAAGCGGUGUCAACCAAUGCUGUGCUACAGGACGGCAGUCACGCCUUCGUACAACAACAACCUCCGCAAAACAGCCAGACGCCGGCGCUCCCGCAUACCUCACCUUACGGCCCGCCGCCCACCGGCAUCCCAGGCAGCAGUCGAGCCAAUGGGGACGGGCCACACAGAAAGAGGGAAGAAGGGGCGCGAGACAUGGAAGAGGAUACAGAGAAAACAGCAGAACCAGAGCGUAGUCGUGGUGCCGGCGGUUUCCAGGCGAUCAAUGACUAGCAUGCUGGAUGGUCUCAGACUGCACACACCAUGGACGAAGGACAGAGCAUUUUGCAUUGGGACGGUUUAUCGUGGACCAGGACCGGAAAAUCCAUGAAUCCUGGUCACACAAACCAUCCCGACUGAUACGAAAUGAUGCUUGAGCCGAUAUUACAGCGUCACAGCCCGCGAAGCUCAAAAGACUGUUCCCAGUUGCAAUCGAUAUCAUAACUAGCGAGCACACGGAGACACGCACAUCUUGAGAUUCGGAGCUCGCGAUAGGAACUAAUUUGGUAUUAUAUGGGUACUGUGUCAUUCCUGUGGAACGAGCUGUGGGCCGAACUGGAGAGGGGAAGAAAGGAAGAAGCUUAAUAGCCAAUGUGGCAUUCCUCGAGGCGUAAUGUAGACGCCUACACACUUGACUGUCGCAGUGCUCUUACGCGCGAGAGCGAUUCACGUGUGUGGAGUCUCUGUGCCAGUGUAUGAUUACCAGUAUCACCACUGCUUGGGGCCUCCUGGGUGAGUAUAAUCCAAGAGUAUUCAGUCGUACGGACUUGUGUUCAUCGAACUCCAUCUCUCCAGAGAGUUGUCAUUUGCCCCCCUCUCACUCUAUACACCUCUGAUAACG